AUGUCCAAGAACAAGAAUAACCUAUACUGGUUCAUUUCUGGAAAUAAAUCAGUUGUUUUUCAAAACCUAAAAUCUAAAUUAACAAGUGUAGAAUUUGCAGAAGUAUAUCAAUUCAUUAUUCCCGAAUUCAAGAUAGGUACACUUGAUAAUUUGGUGGUGAUUUCUGAUGAAUUUGUCAAAUAUGAUCAAUCAUUUGAAUCUGUAACAAUGAAAAUUGUUGAUAUUCUUCGCAGUCUAUUGAAAGGAGACGCUGAUCAAAUCGAAGCAAAUUUGAUAGUAAAUGAUAAAAGUAUUGAUCAAUAUUUAACAACUUUUCAAUGGAAUACCAUGAAAUUCAGAGCUGAUAAAUCACUUUCAGCAAUAGCCGAAAAAUUGAAUGAAGAAGUGACAACAAUUGAGAAUCUGAUGAAAGCAAAAUCUGCCCAUUAUAAUCAAAUUAAAGGAAAUUUACAAGUACUGGAACGAAAACAAACAGGAAAUUUUGCAGUUCGUGAUUUGGCAGGUUUUGUUAAAAAAGAACAUUUUGUUUUAGAUUCUGAAUACUUGGAAACUCUACUUGUAGCAGUGCCAAAGAAUCUUUAUAAAGAAUGGCACUCUAAAUAUGAAACUAUUACUCAAAUGAUUGUACCACGAUCUUCUCAGGUUAGUGAAGAAUUUGCAAAUAAAUGUAGAGAAGAAAAGUUUAUUGUACGAGAUUUCAAGUAUAAUGAAGAUGAAAUGGCUAAUCAUCGUAAAGAAUUUGAGGAAGUUGGAGCUACAGAAAAAGAAUUAUGGACAUCAUUAUUAAGAUUGGCAACUACAAAUUUUGGAGAAGUAUUUGCAUCAUGGAUUCACUUGAAAGUAUUAAGAGUUUAUGUUGAAUCUGUAUUACGUUAUGGAUUACCACCUGAUUUCAUGUCAGCUAUAAUAAAGCCAAAAUCAAAGAUGGAAAAGAAAAUAAGAGAAAUACUGAAUACACAAUAUGGAAAAUAUGGAGGGGCAUUGGGUAAUGAGUCAAGUAAAGUUGAAAAUAUUGAGGAAUUUCAUAAUUUAGUUGAUAAAGAUUAUUAUCCAUAUGUGUGUUUUACAAUGAUUGAAUGA